GGAGCCGUUACUCGAGUCACGUCAAUCACUCGUCGUGCUUCAUGACGCAUUUCCUGUUCCCUCAGAAGUCCCUCCCCCCCUCACAUUCACCAUCAAGCCCUGACGGCGAUGUUUUGGUGAAAACAAAAUAGUGCAUCGAAAAAAGGAUGUAAACACGUCUAAAUCAUGACAUUUCGGUGGAGUGGGACUUAGAGCGGCGCUGCGUGCGAAACCGAGGACUUCUCCGAAGGCAGUGUUUAUUUUCCUUUUUUUUUCCUUCUUCUUCGGUCGUUCCUUGUGUGUUCCUCCGCAUGUCCGCUUUCCUCGUAGAUGGUCUGCGGCGAGCGUUGUCUGAAGGCGGACGACAAGCUGUUGACGUGUAACAUGAAGGAGAUGAUCGGCGGGUGCUGUGUGUGCUCUGACGAACGGGGCUGGGCGGAGAACCCGCUGGUAUACUGCGACGGCCACGGAUGCAACGUCGCCGUGCAUCAAGCCUGCUAUGGAAUUGUUCAGGUGCCGACUGGUCCAUGGUUCUGCAGAAAGUGUGAAUCCCAAGAGAGAGCGGCCCGUGUGAGAUGUGAGCUCUGUCCCCACAAAGAUGGAGCCCUCAAGAGGACGGAUAACGGAGGCUGGGCCCAUGUUGUUUGUGCCCUCUACAUACCAGAGGUGGAGUUUGCUAAUGUCUCUACUAUGGAGCCCAUAGUUCUACAGUCUGUCCCACAUGAACGCUAUAACAAGACAUGCUACAUUUGCGAGGAGCAGGGCAGAGAGAGUAAGGCAGCCACCGGAGCCUGCAUGACCUGCAACAAACACGGCUGCAGACAGGCCUUCCAUGUCACAUGUGCCCAGUUUGCAGGUUUAUUGUGUGAAGAACAAGGCUCAGAUGCAGAUAAUGUCAAAUACUGUGGAUAUUGCAAAUACCAUCACAGCAAACUGCACAAGGAGCGAGACAGACAUAAACCUAGACACAAGAAAGGCUCCAUGGACAUGUCUCCAUCGCUUGUUCUUCCUAACAUCAUGGUCCCUGACAAGACCUACAACAGCGGCACCACAGGAGGAGGUGUUCCCUCUCUGCCCGCGGCCUCUCAGAAGCGUUUAGACGACAGUAGUGGGCGAUUUACCAACGCCAACUUCCAGGAAGUGUCGUCGGCUCACUCGGGGGGGCCGUCCAAGGACGGCCUGGUGGCAGAUGCGACCAAGGCGGCGUCCGAAGGCAAGAACAAGAAGAACAGCGGCGGCCCUCACGCCGUCGGACAGAGGGGCGGCCGCAAAUCUCUCACUUCGUCUGGGAAACCGUUACCGUCAGCGGUGGUCACCAUGGCUACCUCCUCUACAUCUGCCUCCGCUUCCACGGGGCCUUUCCAUCAAGGCCUGCUGCUGACGAGUGCCAGCAAGGCUCCCGCCGCCCCAUCCUCCUCAGACUUCCUCAGCUUCACAGACUCAACGCUGCGUCCUGGCGGUGGAACCACUUUUUCCUCCCCUCCGUCUUUCAGCAGCUGUCUGGUCAAGCCGAGCUCUGAGGGCGGGGCAUCAGAGGGAACCACAACUCUCUUUGGUUCUCUGAUGUCUGCGACCACAACCUCUGCAGCGGUUGGUGGAAAGCUGUACGAGAACUCCCACAGUCACACCGCCAGCGAAACCACCAGCCUCGUCGGAACGACCGGCUACAAACGAUCCCAGGCCUCCAGCAGCGGGCUGGGGAUGGGCGGCGCGAUAGCAGCAGCAGGAGGGGAGGACGGCGUGAAGAAGAAAAAGAAGGGCAACUGGCGAAACCGAUUCGGACCUUGUUUCACCACAGACACAAAGCCCUCGGAGGCAGCUCCAUCCCUAACCCUCCCCACCUCCUCCUCCUCUGCAGCCAGCAUCACCUCCUCCUCCUCAUCUUCCCCAGCCUCCACCGCCUCGGCUACGCCCUCGACUCUCUCAGGCCGACCAGGCUUAGUUUCCAGCAGCGGUUUGGGAGCGGGUAUAGGAGGAGACAGGGCGAUCGGGGUCCUGGGCGUCGGCAUUCAGAAAUCCCCGGCACUUCUCAGGAACGGGAGUUUGCAAAGCAGUAGCAGCUCCGCAACCAGCAGCUCAGGUGUCUUCUCUGCAGCCGACGGGUCAUCGUCGGGGACAGCAGCCGUCGCCAUGGGCGGGGCGAGCGCCGAGUUGUCACAGCAACAGCAGCCCACACCUUCCCUAGCGCCUCCCUCUCCAUUCACAGCCACGGCACCGCUCAACAGCACAGCCUCCACACACGCUCUGCCGGGCCCCGUGUUCAACCUGGCCCCCCCACACAUGUUUGGCAACAGGCUGAACCCCAACUCCAGCAUGGCAGCUCUCAUCGCUCAGUCUGAGGCCUCGCCAGCAGAUCAGGAGGUGGGAGACGGCGGCGGCAGCAGCAGCGGAUCUCAGGGCUUCUCCAUACGAGCUUCUCCUAAGACCACCCCGCGUUCUCCCAUUGGCGGCCUGCAGAUCCGUUAUGACUCCUCGGGGUCGUUGCCGGGGCCAGGGCUGGGGUUGCUAGGGACCGGGGGAGGCGGCGGGGAGACGCUGCCCCCGGUGGCCACCAGCAUCGAGCAGCUCCUAGAGAGGCAGUGGAACGAGGGGCAGAACUUCCUGCUGCAGCAGGGAGCACAAGGCGACGUGGUGGCCAUGUUGAAGUCGCUCCAUCAGCUGCAGGAGGAGAACAGGAGGCUGGAGGAGCAGAUUAAAACCCUGACCAUGAAGAAGGACAGGCUACAGCUUCUCAGCGCGCAGCUAUCAGUGCCUUUUACCCAGACGACCACUUCCUUUGCUGAUGUGAAGGGGUCCCACCUCGGAGCCACAGACUCAUCUCUACCUUUGGCAGCUCAGGACGCUGCAUCAUGCGGAGGUCACAGCAGCAGCGGCUCCACCUCCUCGCUCUCCGCCUCCCCCUCCGUCUCCCAGAGCCCGCCUCAGCCAGCGCUCAACGGCGUCGCCACGACGGCCGGGCUGGGCGGGGUCGCGGGGCUGAUGGGCGCUCUGGGUGCGGGAAACACAUUGGGCAUCGGCGGGAUCGUCGGCGCGUUGAACGGAGUGAUCCAACCGACGGCGGGCCCCGGCAGCCCUCACACUACAGGGGCGGCGGCCGUCACGCUCCCCGUUAAUAGCAGCUCAGCAGGUAGUAAGAACAGCGCCGCUCGCCUUGGCCUUCUGUCCGAGCAGCAGAGACUCCUCCUGCAGCAGCAGCAUCAGCUGCAGCAGCUGCUGUCCUCGCAUUCUUCCGCGGACCAGCAACAGCAGGCGUUUCUCCUCCAGCUGAUGCAGCAGCAGCAACAGCAGCAGGACCUCCAGCAGCUGCAGUCUCAGAUUCCCCCGCUGCCGCUCUCCAACACUCAGCUGCCCAUCACCAACCUGCUUCCCGGCGCUCAGGGUCAGAGCCAAGGCGCCAUCGCCACCAACCCUUUCCUGGCGCUGCAGCACGCGCACACCGACACAAAGCCGCGUGCGGCGGAGAAAGCCGUGGGCAUCACGGGCCAGGAGAAGACAUGACACUCUUGAUUUAGAGGUUUCCUCUUCAAUAAAUAUGCAGUCGUAAGAUCAGAGUUCAGCAGCUGGACAGAAACCUGUUUCUGAAAGAGUAUUGCUAUUCGUCUCGUGGAGCUCCUCACUCAGACUGGGCCUGCUCACCUCGGUUCUGCAGCUUUUUUUUUCUGGUUUAAAACUUGACCCUGAAUUCUGUUUAUAUGUGUGCUAUUUAUUUCAAUCUAACUUAUAGUUUUGUUCUUUUUUUAACUUUAUAGCUGCUCCUUGGUUCUUAGUGUUUUUAGUUUUUUUUUUUUUUAUUUAAUUAGUAUGUAGCAUCAGAUUAAAAAUGUCUUUUCCUCCUUGAAAUGUCAGCUUUCUAGAAAGUUUCAAGGUAAUUGUUUCUAUCAUAGUUCUGACUCUUGUUUCCUGUCUUCUUGGCUUCUUUUUGUUUCCGUCUUGAUGUUUCACUCUCAGGGGCCUCCGCUAACCAGAGCCGUUUGCUCAACAGCCGAGCUGGCGCACAGAGAACUGCGAACCUAAAAAUAAAAAAAAAGAGAACAAGCAGCAAAACAUGAAUGAGUAUAAAAAUACACUUCCCUGGAAUAGCACUGAACAGUAGCAGAUGUAUGUUUGACAUCUGUCUCGCAGCAGUUCCCGAGGGGAAUAUUGGGUCAGCGUUGUGGAAAAAAAAAAAAAAGAGAGAGAAAUUACCCACUAGUCUGCUGCUGCUGCCUUUCUCCCCACGUCUAUUUCACUCUUUGUGUGCUGCAGAUCCAUUAAUGUCAGCGAGCCAAGCGUCGCACCGUCACCGCAGAAGCCUUGCCGUCGACUGUCUCUUCUCUGGGCCAGAUAUAGGGGGCUCAGUCAGGGAGGGAGAAUCAAAAAGAAAAAAGACUUAAAGGCAGCCUGAUAGUUUAGGGAUGCUGUAAUUCAUCUAGCUUGGAGGCAGAAAACAGAAUAAAAGCCCAAUCUUCCUGAUUGAGCCCCCUGCUUGUACCUACCUCUUCGAGCAGGACCUAAAAAGGCCGACCGCUGCGGCCGCUUUAACCCCCCCCCACACACACACACACAAAAGUCAGGAUUGGCCGAUCAGGGUCCGAUCCCAAGUGCCUGAGGCCAAAUAAGUGGGGGCGGGGGGUUAGAUCUGGGGUUUGUACCUUGCAAAUUUUUUUUUUUUUUUUUUUUUUACAGCUCGCCUGGUGAUUACUGCCCUGCUGUAGACACCAGAAUUAAGAAAAACACUUUCCACCUCUUUUUUUUUUUAAACCAGGAAAGUUUAUUCUGCUAUGUUCUUUAAUAUAAAAAGAAAAUGACUGUUGUGAGUUUUGUUUUAUUAUUUUUCCCCCCUGGAAUAUGUAUUGUGCGUGAAAUGAUAUAUUUUAAAGAAAGCUCACUGAUUCUUUUUUUUUUUUGCAAUUUAACAUCCUUUUGUACUACUGUGUACAGUUAUGUUUAUUUCGUCCAACACAGUCUGAUUUUGCUGUAAUCUAAUGACGUCUGCUCUGUGUCAUGUGUUUGAAAAGCUAUUUAAUAGUCGGUUAAUGGGG